AAGACAUUUCAAAUGUUGAAGAUAACGAAAUAAAAACAUGGGCAGAGGCGAGUUUUUCUAAUGUAAACAUUGCUCAUAUUAAGCGUCGACCUAAUCAAAACUGGGGUCACCUUCAUUUUAAAAGCGCUGAUGAAGCAAGACGAUUUUAUCAGCUUCUUCAAAAGAAACAAAAACCUAUUGUAGGACCACGUGGAAAACGUUACUACUUUGCACUUGGAAAACAAACAGAAGAUAGUGAAACAAACUUAUCUACAACAUCUAAUACCAUGGAGUCAUUAUCUUUCGUCAAUAACGAGGUCGCUACAACAUCUAAUACCAUGAAGUUAUUAUCUUUCGUCAAUGAACCUACUACAUUGAUAACUGAUAAUAAUAAUGAUAAGGUCGCUACAACAUUUCAUAAUAAUAAUGAGGUCGCUACAACAUCUAAUACUAUAGAGUUAUUAUCUUUCGUUAAUGUAGAAGAAAAUGGAUAUGGGUAUGACUUAUACGAUCUUAGUGACCAAUAUAUGGUUAAAAUAUUUGUACCAUCAAUUCAAUCUAAAGAUGAAAUUGAUGCAUAUAUUUCAAUAGAAGACGAUGGCGUGUACUUACUUGUUAAAUAUCAUAUUGAAUCAGAAUAUGAUAAGGAAGCAAUUGUUAAAAAACUUCUUUCCGGAAGUAUUUCAAUUAAGAUCCGUUUACCAGCAAA